AUGAAUCCUUGUUACCCCUUCUACGUGGCAGAGGACACGGACCACAAAGACAGUCCACCGCCGUACGAGUCGUGUGAGCCUGCUAUGGAGAUGCAUGACUCUGCACCUUCCCUCUUCGAAAUACGACAUGUCCAGCCCAAUGAUGCGUUCAUUGCCGUUAUGGGAAUGACUGUGACUGCCGUGGUAGAGGCGCACCGGGCACCUGACAAAAUUGACGGCCGUCGAAUUAUCUUCAUCGACACUCCUGGGUUUGACGACACCAUUCGGCCCGACGCUGCCAUCCUGCGCGAGAUAGCGAACUGGCUCAACAAGGCUCACAAGGGUGGGAUUAAGCUAACAGGCAUAGUGUACUUACACGCGAUCAACAGCCCGCGUGUAGGAGGAACGGCCAGGAACAACCUCCGCAUGUUCAAAAAACUGUGCGGUGAGGAUUCUAUGUCUUCUGUUGCUCUUGCGACAACACACUGGGGAAGUGGAGCGGCAGAGAGAGAAAGGCAGCACGCUCGCCACAAGGAGCUCCUUGAGGACGUUGGAUUCUGGAAGCCCAUGAUCCUUCACGGGGCAACCCCCUUCAUCCACGACAGAGAACGGCGGUCGGCCUUGGAAAUCGUGCGCCACCUUUUGGAUAAUCGGCCCCAGGACGGCAUCGACUUGACAAUCCAGAAAGAAAUGGAGGACGGCAAAACGCUUGAUAAGACCGCGGCCGGCAUUGCAUUAGAGGAGAAGUUGGAAAACGAAAAAGCGAUCUAUGAACGCGAGAUCAAUGACCUUCAGAGGGAAAUUGCAGAGGUCAGGCGGGAUAAUAAAUUGACCCAUCAAAAGAGGGAAACAGAGGUCAAGAGCCUCAAGGAGGACGUGGAGAAAUGGAAGAAAAAAAUCAAGAGCCUGGAAAAGGACUGUGAGCUGAUCAAAGUCAAUCGGGAUCAACUCCAGCUGGAGCGAUUCAAGGAGUUGGAAGAAGAGGCCCGACGACAUGAUGAGAUGGAGGCCAAGUUGCAGGCGGAAAGGGACCAAAAUGAGCAUCUUAGGGACGAGAAUGAGAAGAAGAAGAAGCAGUUGAAGCAGAUCAAGGCAAGAAUCAGACAGGCGCAGGGAUGUGCGCUCAUGUAG